CCCCCGAGGUACCGUGAGUGCAUUUCGUCGUCUUAUCUACACCUUGGCACAUCGCUAUCACCAUCAGUUCACAUAUGACAAUCUUGACGUGUUCCCCAGUGAUUAUUACUGCAGGUUCUGGCGAAGUGCUAUUUCGAACGAGUCUAAUGCACGUAAUCCAUACACGAUCGUGGCUUGGUGGUUGUGUUGCUGUUCAUUCUCACCGAGUCAUUUUAUUAUUCAUUGCUGUCCAAAUAUCCCGUGGUUUCUCGUUACACACAUCCCGCGCUUUCGAGCAUGAAGGUUGCACGACCAGAGUGUCAGCAGGCAAGAAAAACAUCGUGAUGCCAUCGUCGUGCUCUCCCAUUACAGACGUGAGGCCGGCCGACAUCCGUGCGGCGGGUCGAAUGCGCUUGGCUUUGUCGACGCAGAACCUCCUCCUUCCGACCAAGCCUCUCGUGACAGGAAAGGCAUCGUGUUGUGUGAUAUUGAGGACCUGUGAGGGGACUGUUGGUCCACAGGUCGUGUCGAAGUUUAUUCGUCUGACAUAUGUGCGCGUAUGUGUCACAAGAAUUUGGCUCCGUGCAGUUAUUUGUGAGCAUGGAUGGGACGCCCAUGAUGUUGGGGAAAACUGCUGGACGCGUGGGUGCCGAGCCCAGUCGUCGCCGAUGCCAUUCAACUAAAAUGAGCACGCUCGCCGUCGUCAACUCCAAGAAUCUACCAGUUUUUGACGGUAUGUAAAUGUAAAGCCGACGAUGUCACAGUCU